UACUUCUUGUGAGUCCUCAGAGCCUUAAUCAAUAGCAGCCUAAAACCCCUUCCUCUUCCCUCAACACCCACCACCUUAAAAGUGUUGGUCCAAAACAAAAGCAAGAGCACAUGAGGAAAGAAUUACUUAUAUGGCUCUUCUUCAUUGUGUCCCUCAAAGUUCUUUCGUAUUCAGCAUGUGAAAGCACUUUCACCAAAAAAGCUGGAGAUAGGUCAUCUUCAAAGCUCCCAAAACAGCUUAACUGUAAGAAUGAUGUUAAAGAUUUAUAUGGCUCGGUCAACAAACCAAACAGAGAAGGUGAUCAAAGAACACAUGGGGCAGAUCAAGCAGCUCAUCAUUUAAGGGUUUUCCGAAAGGCAAAAGUAGUUUAUGGGGGUGCCAAUAACGUUAAGCCCCCCAACACUCGUAGACGAAGUGGAGCAAGCUCCUUGUUAAUUAAACCCUCUUCUGGGUUUUCUGUGGUGCUCAGGCAUGUUAUAUUUGGAUUGUUGACGUCUGUUUUCUUCUUUUGAAUGGCAUGGGUGGUUGUCUAAAACGUAAGUUUAAGCUUCAAAGAGGGGAAAGGAAAAAUUGUUGCAAGAUGUGAUCAUUUAACUUCAUUUUUCUCUUCUUUUGAUCAAUGUUAAGGACUAACCUUUUCAAUU